CAUUUAUUUAUAUUUUGUUUUCAUCAUCCCGCCUUCCAAGUUUCUGGGUUUUCAAUGCUUUUGAUGAGCUUCGCUGCAGCGAAAGAGGAGCGAGGCUCAUCUGUAACUUGGUUAACAAAGCUUCUGUCUUUGAUGGGAGGUUGUCUUGGAUGCUGGGAAUCCACAACUCAUCCUAAUGGAGAUGGAAUUCUGGUACGUAAACCUAGUGCUUCUGAGGGGUUUUGGAGCACGAGCAAUUAUGAUCUCGAUAAUAAUGGACUUUUAUCUCAAAGAAGCAUGUCAUUCCUCAUCUUACCAAACCUGAACGAACCUUCUGAAUUUGUAAAUCAUGGCCUCCUUCUGUGGAAUCAAACAAGGCUUCAGUGGGUCGGAUCUAAAAAGUCGGAAAAUCGUGAAAAGAACCGUAAUCCCACAAUAAGUUGGAACGCAACCUAUGAUACCUUGCUUGGUAGUAAUAAACGCUUCGCCAGGAGCAUUCCCUUAUCUGAAAUGGUAGAAUUCCUGGAAGAUGUAUGGGAGGAGGAAUGUUUAUAUGAAUGAAAAAUUAUGCUGAUAAACCAUAAAUAGUCAUAUCUUCUAACUUGUAAAUAUAUCCAUAAUUGUUACCUUUAAUGACAUGAUGUCACUAUAGUUUACGGGUUUAUUCGAUUAUAUUAGCCCGAUUUAGCUUUUGACAUGAAAUAUCGGGUUUCCUGUAAGAUAUAAGUGUACACUUGUUUGUCAUCAUUGUUUGUAAAAUAUAACCUUUUUCUUUG